AUGUCUCCUCAACCGAUCAAAAUCUGGGGUCACUGGGGUGGCCCCAACCCAUGGAAAGUUAUAGUGCUGCUUGAAGAGCUCGAUCUUCCCUAUAACCUUGAACUGGUCGAAUUUUCCGAUGUCAAAAAACCGGAGUACCUAGAUGUCAACCCCAACGGACGCUUGCCCACUAUCGAGGAUCCAAACACCGGAAUUGUUCUCUGGGAGACUGCUGCGAUUAUCCCCUAUCUGAUCGAACAGUACGACAAGAAGGGCAUGCUCUCCUAUGCAGAGCUGCCUGAGAAGUACCUGUGCCAACAGUGGCUAGCAUUCCAAGCUUCUGGCCAAGGCCCUUACUUCGGUCAGGCUACCUGGUUUGCUCGUUUCCACCCCGAGAAGCUCCCCUCGGCUAUCGAGCGGUAUGUCAAUGAGAUCUUCCGAGUAAUCGGUGUCCUAGAAGAAGGCUUGACACGGAAUGGCACCGGCUGGCUGGUCGGCGACAAAUGCACUUACGCUGAUUUGUCUUUCAUCACGUGGGCUGGUGUCGGCGAAGGUUUGUUGCAUGAAUUGAACCGAGCCGAUAAGUUGGAAGAAGAUCAUCCCAAAUAUACUGCUUGGCUCAAGUCGAUGAGAGGGCGAGAAAAGGUGGCCAAGUGCAUGGCUCUCAUUGCCGAAGGUCGGGCCGCGCACAAUUUGAGGUAG